AUGGCGGAGCGUCCUGUUGUAGUUCGAUCACAGCAACAAGAGCAUGCACAUUCAACACAAUCGCCUUCCACCAGUGGAAUCAUUUUGAACCGGACAUACAGCAAAAAAUCUUCCAAUAACAGUUCCACAGGCUCCAAGAACAUGUACGAAGUUUUCGAUCUCACUUCUUCGGAUUCAGUACGUGACACUAGAAACCAUUGCCUACCAUUGCUAAGCAACAGAAACUCAGAGAGCAGUAGUCGUGGAGUAAUUCGUUCUACAUCACCCAGAUGUGCCCCACCCGUUAUUGACAUAACUGGCAGCAAACGUACCGAGCAACGGCCGAGUUUUGUUCGCCGAUCGUUUCAUAAACCGUCUACAUCGAGCUCAGUUGUCACAACCAUCGAUUUGGAACAAGAAUUGUCGGCUGAUAAUGAGCCUACUUCUCCGACCGUGAAAACACAUGACAAGAACGAUGCAUCGAGUCGCUUGUCACCGGCAGUUAUUGCGACAGAUACACUGAGUGUUCCAUUGGCCGAAAUGAGAAAACAAUCGGUCUUAGCUGAGCACAUGGAUGUUUCUGAUGGAGAGGAGAUAAACCUGGAGCUGUUGGACGGAACGGAACAACCAGUCGUUGGGUGUUCGGCCAGAGACACUGUUUCGCUCGUUGAACGAUCACCAAAAGAUCCUUCUAUCGAAGGCGGUGUUCCCGAUGCGCAAGAGCAGUGCCGUUCACCGGAGGCACCGGAUGAUGGUAGUUCGAUGGAAAAUUCGUAUGGCGACGUGUCGAGUUCCGGAUGCGCAAAAUAUUCCUCCACGAAACACAGCUUAGGCCAUCGACAGGGUGAAUGUCAGCGAAGGCAGUCGAUGAACGAGUUCGAUCUAAAACUGGCAGAAAUCAACGAAACCAUGUCACCGAUGACGCACAAGGAUCGGGUCGAACAGUGGCGCGUUACGGAGGAAGACCUCCUUCACUCGAUUCCAACCAAGUCACAAAUCGAAGCUAGUAGUUUGGGUCCCAAGCGUUCAUUCUUCGAAAUGGUGCACAUCUCCAGCGAUGAAGAUUCGAAUGAUCAGGAGGCGGAAUCGGGUUCGAGAGAAAGUUUGUUGGCAACCAAAAAACGACGCUCUGGUUCAAAAAGUUUCCGCGACACAUCGCGUUCGCUGGACGACGGCAGCGACUUGGAUUUUCGUAAAGAUCAAAUUAACCCGGAAAUUGAUAAACGACCAACUGCCCAGCCAACCAUGAUCGUAGAGAGAAAAAAUUACCACAAAUUACCGAUCCGGUUUCGUCCUUGCGAUGGGUGCUAUCUCGCAUCAUCGAGGGAUAAGUUAAAGAUAUGUGACCGAUCGAGCUCUUGUGAUUGCCGUCGUUGGCAAUCGUUCCAAGUUGGACAGUCGAUUGUUCCGGAAAAUCGUAGCAAGGACAAAGCCUAUGCUCAGUUGCUGAGUAGGGAUAGGGAGCGUGAUAACUUCCUUAACUACUUGCGCAUCAGUCCGUUCCAUCGGGCGUCCCAACAACAACACACUGCCGAUGGAAGCAGGACAAAUCCACCCUACCCCCUAACGGAGCCGAUGGCAACUGGAGCAGGCAUUAGUGUCCCUCAAACUGAAGCCAACUUUGCUAAAGCUUCGGCUGGGACGGUAAAGAACAAAGUCAAGCACUCGGUUCAGCGCGUUAUUCACAGGAAAACGCGCCCAAAGCCGAAGAAAAAAUCAUCUACCAAAAGCAAACCGCAUUCGUCCAUUAUUGCCAGCAGCGGUAUUCUUGGCGUAAGGCGGCUUGUAUUACGUAGCUCACUGCGAAGCGGUAAGAUUAUACGUUAUCGCAGUACGUUUGUAGGUUUGCGCCAAAACUCACGAGCGAAAGCACCCAAGCCUCAUCCGGGCAAAGUGGAAGCGGAAGUUCCACCUUCCCCCGUUGACAUGAAGGUUGAAAACACGGUGCAAUCAAAAGAGGAAAUCACCACCGAUUCGCCCGCAUCGCACACUCCAUUCCAUCCACAGGAUGAAGGGAAGCGUCUGCAGCACUCACUGCCACCAACAUUGCCACCAUCUUCGUCGCCGGUGAUUCGAAAGUCGAAACGUUCGCACCAGCCAACCGUCAAAUCGCUGCGAUGUUCUGUCGAUAGUGCCGUUAGCAGUUCGACCAGUGCCGACAUUCAUGAGAGUAAACGAUCAAAAGAGUGCCAGACGACGGAGACACUACUACCAUGCGUACCGGUGGCACCAGAGCCUCCGCGGUGUAUGAACGAUGGUAAACCAACGAGAAACCCAUUGAACCGAUCCGAGGGCGAGGUUCUGAAUGCGUUCCUGCUCGACGAACAGCUCAUCGUGGUACAGACGGGACUGGUGAGUUUCUGGAAAUACUCCCGACUAAGUGUGCUGCUGGGAGUGAAACAAGAGUGGCAACGCAUCGCCCAACAGCAGCGAUGGGUGUGUGACGCCGAGCUCGACACACAGAACGCCAACCGUAUCGGUUACAACGAUGGCAAUCCACACUACCUGGAACCGAGGGCACGAAAUUUAAAACACGAUGAAUCGCGAGCCUGCCCGCUGGCCUCGGUCUACGUUAAUGCGUAUUUUCUCGAUGUGCACCUAAAUGGUGUUUACGAGCAAAUCAUACGAUUGAAAUCCUAUCAGCUGGACACUAUAAAAAGUGCCCUCGAAGACGUACUUUUCGUGCCGCUGCCAAACUCGCGCUACUUCAUCGUCUGCUGGUACGAGCACAUCUCCGAGCUUGAAGCGCGGACGGGGCUGUGCAAAUACAGCUUGACGCCCGACCUGGAGACACUAGCGAGCAUCCGUGAAUUUCCGAUCGUAAGACAGAAACUGACCAGUUUGAGGUGUGUGAACGAUAAAAAGCUACUGGGGCUUGGUGAAUCGACGGUACACAUAUGGUGCUACGAAAGCGGGUCUUUGUUGCGUACGAUCGAUCUGAAGAUCACUCUCGGACUUGUCAUCGGCAGUUUUUUGCACGAAGAAGAGAUGAUAAGUACACUGUUUCUGAUGCAACUGCAGAAGUUGCCGACAUCCAGCGAAAACAAUCGGAAACGCAUCAAAAUGAUCGCCAUUAAUUUACACACAGCCACCUGGUAUGUUGGGCACAGCUUCGACAUUGCUCUUACUUCAACGCGAGUGACGGGAGAAAGUCAAGUUCAAAGUUCCGCUGCCGUUGACGAUCGCCAAACCAGUCAACGGUACUGCGUGACUUUUCAGAGCGGGGAACUGUUGCUCAUCAACCUGAGCGAUCCGACUGUCUGCUGGACGAACCAUAAAAAGCUGGAGAAGGAUAUUCUGCACGCGGAAGAGAACUCCUUUCACGUCUGUUCGCGCUUACGUAGCAAAACGGGUGAAGUUUAUCGGCCGAAAGAACGGUUACUGAAUGUGUACAACUGGCACGAUGGACGCGAUCUUUUGCUAUACAGUGAUCAAUGUUUGUCCAUUAAAUCGAUUGACGAGUACAUGUUGGAGUACGCCGAGCUGGACACACAGAACGCCAACCGUAUCGGUUACAACGAUGGCAAUCCACACUACCUGGAACCGAGGGCACGAAAUUUAAAACACGAUGAAUCGCGAGCCUGCCCGCUGGCCUCGGUCUACGUUAAUGCGUAUUUUCUCGAUGUGCACCUAAAGUAUCCGGACCAACGGAACGAUGCAGCGGCAGAUGCGGAUCAAGGACAAACGGCUAUCGACGGUAGUGAUUUGGACGAAAGUGGUGUUUACGAGCAAAUCAUACGAUUGAAAUCCUAUCAGCUGGACACUAUAAAAAGUGCCCUCGAAGAUGUACUUUUCGUGCCGCUACCAAACUCGCGCUAUUUCAUCGUCUGCUGGUACGAGCACAUCUCCGAGCUUGAAGCGCGGACGGGGCUGUGCAAAUACAGCUUGACGCCCGACCUGGAGACACUAGCGAGCAUCCGUGAAUUUCCGAUCGUCAGACAGAAACUGACCAGUUUGAGGUGUGUGAACGAUAAAAAGCUACUGGGGCUUGGUGAAUCGACGGUACACAUAUGGUGCUACGAAAGCGGGUCUUUGUUGCGUACGAUCGAUUUAAAGAUUACUCUCGGACUUGUCAUCGGCAGUUUUUUGCACGAAGAAGAGAUGAUAAGUACACUGUUUCUGAUGCAACUGCAGAAGUUGCCGACAUCCGGCGAAAACAAUCGGAAACGCAUCAAAAUGAUCGCCAUUAAUUUACACACAGCCACCUGGUAUGUUGGGCACAGCUUCGACAUUGCUCUUACUUCAACGCGAGUGACGGGAGAAAGUCAAGUUCAAAGUUCCGCUGCCGUUGAUGACCGCCAAACCAGUCAACGGUACUGCGUGACUUUUCAGAGCGGGGAACUGUUGCUCAUCAACCUCAGCGAUCCGACUGUCUGCUGGACGAACCAUAAAAAGCUGGAGAAGGAUAUUCUGCACGCGGAAGAGAACUCCUUUCACGUCUGCUCGCGCUUACGUAGCAAAACGGGUGAAGUUUAUCGGCCGAAAGAACGGUUACUGAAUGUGUACAACUGGCACGAUGGGCGCGAUCUUUUGCUAUACAGUGAUCAAUGUUUGUCCAUUAAAUCGAUUGACGAGUACAUGUUGGAGUGCAAAUGAUCGAACAAAGUGGAUACCACCAAUGGGAGGUGUAAAAAUGUUAGUAUUUUGCUUAUGUUUGCGUUUGCGUUCAGAAGUUUAUUAAUCAUAAUUACAUAAUUUCAACUAAAUGUGAGAUUCUUUUCACAACUUUGCAAGAGAGCUUGUAGAACAAAUUCGUACGAUCUUA